CCCGAAGCAAUGGCGUCCGUUCAAAAUCAUUUCUUCUAUACGGAAGUCCCUGGCCAGUCCGCGGAAUAUGUCGACUUUGAUCAAUUCCUCGACUUUCCUGCGGCGGAUGGCGAUGACUAUUCCGCCUCCGCCAACUCCGUCUCGCCCGAAAUGGCGCUUCCCUACGAUGCUGACAUGUUCGGCAACGACCUGACCGACUUCACCCAGCUCGCCUUCCCGGACAUGAUCAACUACGACAUGUCCGAGGAUGCAUCCCUUGAUCAGUCCCCCGAAAUGGGGACGAUGCAGGACCCUGCCCCGGUGUUUGACGAUGCUGCAUUCCACGGCUACCAGUCUUACGACUUUAGGCAGAUGGUCGAGGCUCAGGCCGCUGCGGACACUCGCAUUGCUUCUUACAAGGAGAAGCGCCGCGAGGCUGCAAUCGCUCUGCACCUCCAGCGUCUGUGUGAUGCCACCGCCCUCGACCUGGAGAUGUCCUCCGACUCCAACACCAGCUUCUCCUCCCCGAGCUGGUCCGAUUACAUGCGUGAGAGCAUCUCUCCCAAGCCGACAAGCACCAGCCCGGAGAGCACUCCCGUCUCUUCACAAGAGAGUGGGGCCAUGGAGAUGGUCCUUGACCUGAACAUGAACGCCGCCGCCCACCUGCCAAAAAAGCAGAAGCCUCGUUCUCAGGCUCAGAAGGAGAACUACAUCAAGGCCCGCAAGUACGGCGCUUGCGAAAAGCACAAGAAGCAGCACAAGAGAUGCAACUGCCUGGAGAAGGCCGCCGCCCGCGCUGGCGUCAACGAUGUCCCGAUGGACGUUUCAUACAGGGAACGCCCGAGGCCACUAAACGUACCGAUGCCAGUACACCCGGACAUGCGCCCAUACAGUCUACCUGGCCACGAGCCGACGAUGAUUUCACCUACACUACGCCCAACAGCCAAGGUGAUCAAGAAACUCACCAGCACCAACUCGCCGCGCUACGACUCGUCGCUCUGCACAUCUGCCCUGCAACAAUCAAUCAGGACGAAAAACAAUGUCGACAGUGUUCCCGGUCACGACCCGCGCAUCAGCCCGUCUGUUGUCCAAUCUCCUGUCAAGGAUGGGAAGCGCGUCCACAGCUCACCGGGCCACGUUCCACGGAACAACCCAACUAUUGUUCUAUCCCCAGUUUUGGAUGGAAAGCAUGUUCGCAGUUCACCGGGUCACGUCCCGACAUCCCAGUCUCCAACCACGCCUCAAUUCAUCAAGUCGGUUCGGAGGUCUGUUGGCCCGCAUGUCUCUUGGUUCUCUGCUCUGGGAUACUCCCCGAUGAGCAAUUCUGCGAGUUCCUCGGAAUGCAAAACUACCAGCCAAACAUUGUCACGGACAACCCGCUCCGGCACAGUGUCUGUACGCGCACCGAACAUGGAAGUCUGGCGCCCAAGACAGACUACGGUGCAGCAGCACAUCAAAGACGAUUCCACGUCACCGAAAAUCAGUCCUACCCAGGCCCAAUCUCCAAGGAGAGUCCAGAGCCGCGGAGUCCUGGUUUCAGGAAUCCCCCAACGUCCGGUCGUUCUCGAAGCUUCGAGACAGCCCCUGGCGACUCUCGCGACUCGACUGCAAUCCGUACCGAAGCACGAGCAACUCGUGGGGAGAGAAUAUGGCUCAACGGGUCUGUUUUGUCCAAAUGCCUCGAUGGUUCGCUGUUUUGCUGGACAAAUGGGAGACGUAUUCUCAAGAACUGUUCUCGCGUUUGCCGGCGCCUGGCGAUCAUCGAUGUCACUUGCCUCUUGGUUGGAGGUCGUUGCCUAUAAAGGCCUUUCCCUCGGUGGCAAGAACCUAAUGUCUGCUAAGAAGGGUCUUCAGCUGCACCGUAUGCGUUCCUUUUGGUCUGCAUGA